GCCACCUCCCAGCCAAGUUUCCCUACAAGAUGGCCAGUAUAACGGACAAAUCACCUGAGCAUGCGCACGUGGAAGAACUUGUCAGAACCAAGUUGCCAGCCAGUCCCAUCUAUGCUUUUCUUCUCAGCUCUGUACAAAUUGUCGACGCCUCGAAAGGACACGUCGUGGCGCGCCUGAAGCUCACCCAAGAUCACAUGAAUCAUGGCCAGAGCCUACAUGGGUCAGUCUCCGCUACUAUCGUUGACUGGAUGGGUGGAAUGGCCGUUUCAACUUACGACCUGCGCUCAACGACCGGCGUCAGUGUCGAUAUUCACGUCACCUACCAGUCUGGAGCAAAAGCCGGAGAAGAGGUGGAAAUCGAAGGCAUAGCCGACCGUGUAGGGAGCAACCUCGCCUUCACCAAAGUGAUCAUCUACAAAUAUGACCCCGCGACUGGUGCGAGAGGAAAGAUUGUCAUUGCUGGCACCCAUACAAAGUUUGUGAAAGGCUCAGAGGUAAAGACCGGAUCAUAGGUAGUCUCGUAUCCGUGCAAGUAUAGCCCCCCGACUUAUGCUGAACCACGCCCAGUCUUCUUUGCGUCCAGCAUGAAUAACACUUUCUUUGAAUGCUCUUGGACUCACUCGGACUGGGUAGAACAACUGUCUACUCUUUUAGAAACCAUUGAUUAGCGAAAGCUUUGAUCCUCUGGGAAUUUGGAUUGACUACAUAUCAAACACAUCACCAUAGAUUGCUCGGUUGCGCAUACGCAUUCGUGUAUAACAAGACGUGUUCCGCGCAAAUUCUUAUCCAACUGUGUCUGUACAUUUUUACUGAAGAAUAUAGGUAGUAGAUGACAUCCUUGCCCGCGGCUUCUAUCUUUUCACCGACCGUAGCAAGCUGGCCCUAUGAAUUGGCGUGAAGUACGGAUGACUGUCCCUCAUCAUUGUUAAAUACGAUCUGCAGCCAUUUCCAGCACCGCGAUGUUGCGGUUCGACGAACUUUAGACAAAGACAGU